GUGUGUGUUGGAUGAGUGGAAGGGUUUAGUUCACUGUGAAUCACUCUUUUAACACUGAACUGUGUGUGAGUCAGACGGCUGCAGUCAACCCAUCAUCUAUCACACUGUUUGUUGACCAGGAGAGGAUUUCCAGAUUUAUGCUGAGAAGAAAUGGCCAGGAUGCAAAAUCAGACUGUAAUUAUUACGGUGAUGAUGAUGUUGCGCCUUCAUUCAGCUCUUACAGAUCAAAGUUUGGAGUGUUAUAAUGACUACUAUAACACCUUCACAUGCGUGUUGAACACAUCAAACGUCCAGCCGCCCAUCACACCUCAGACGAACUGCUCCCUACAUGUAGAGGUUAAAAAAAGUAGAAGCAGUAUAACAGAAACGCAGCAGAUGUCCAUUAAGGGCUCAGACCUCAACAUCCGCACAGCCAGCGUUGAAUUUAAAAAACCUGGAGGAAUCAUAAUAGGUGCUGCCAUCAUCUCUGAAAAAGUGUUGUGUGAGAACUUUGACGCACCUGUAUCUCAGACACAACACAGAGGCGACGACAGCGUUGUGAAAGUUCUGCCUCCUGUAGGAGUGAAAGUUGACGGGCUCAAUGUUUCAUGGAGUUUUGCUUCCCCAAAGUCAACAUAUUUUCCGGGUCAUGUGUUUGAGCUGCAGUACAGAUCUGCUGAGCAAAGCUGGACGGACAGUAAGAGUGUUCAGAUCAAUGACCCUUAUAAACAGCUUGAUGAAAACCAGACGUACUUACGUCAGCCGUAUGUGCUCAGGGUCAGAGCCAAACUCUUAAACAAACCCAAUGCCAUCUGGAGUGAGUGGAGCAGUGAGUACAGCUGGAUAUCUGAUAGUUGGGUCCCAGUCCGCCUUUGUCGAGUACGAGUCAAGACCAAGUCCUUAAACAUCAAGUCCGAGUCCAAGUCCGAGUCCAAAAGGGUCCGAGUUGGACUCAAGUCCGAGUUCUUACAGAUUUUACCAGUUGCUUAUACACCUUUUCAAACACAAUUCUCAAAACCUCACACACAAAAUGCAAAGUAGCUCACAUCUCCUUCAAAAUGCAACACUUCAUUCAAAAUGGCACAAACACAUGUCAGAAUGGCAAACACUUCUUUCAUAAUAAUACAGUUUUGGAUAAACCAUCUAAACACUGCUGUUCUGAAUCUAAAGCUCUUUGGUCUUUCAUGGGCUUAUAUCUACAUUUCAAUACAAUGUUCAACAGUGAAAGUAAUCUGCUGAGAGGGGUAACAAGUACACCGGAAACGCCAAUGCAAUGUAGAAACAGAAAAUAUUUAUUAGUCCAAACAUUACUGUUGUAUACAUUAGCAUACAACAAAACUAUAAACAUGUAAACCAAAAGUAUAUUCUUUACAGUAGAAUACAGUAAAUUGUGUGUGGUGUCCCGGUCCAGGAAUUGGCAGGGGGGUUGUGUGCAGAUUGCCAAAACAGGUAAUUUGACCUUUGACCUAUUUAUAAGCCCAUCUAUACUACUGUAAAGUAAAGCAGUGAUUGGUUAGUGAUCAGUAAAGCAUUUAGUGUUUGCACAUGUGAGGAGUGUGUCUGUGUGACCUGGUGAAUAAGUCUAGCAUUUUGAUUGGUUGUGUUUGGAAAAGGAAAUCAAGUGACUUCCUCGUAGAUCUUUGUGUUUUAGGUAGAGAAUUGUGUGUAGUGUUUUGAAAAAAGUGUUUUAUGCAAUUGAAAACUGAGUCAAAGGCUGAGAAAUAGCUUAUGCUUUUGAAGAUUUGGCAUGUAGUUUUGCACAUUGAGAAAGUAAUUAAAUUGAUAAAAAAGAUCCAAAAUUUGUAUUGUAAAUUGUUACUUUCUAUUAAUACUUUAACCUUUCCACCCAUUUAACCAAUGGCAAUAUAAAAAUGUAAUAAAAAUACCUCUAUUGUAUCUUGU